AUGACUUCAGGAACUUCACCGGUAGAUGAAGGAAAAGCUACUGGUCAAAAACCAAAGUUUCGUAAAUUCAAUUUUAAUAAUGAUAAUGAAGAUACUGGAAAUGAUCCAUUGAAUAACAGUGGUAUUGAGAGUGAAGGAGUGAGUAUUGCUCCAACUGCAUCACCUGCUCAAUAUCUAGGCUAUUGCUAUGAUAUUGAGCGGAAUGGUUCAUCGACACUAAAUGACAGUACUUAUGAUGGAUAUCAUAAAUUAGAAAAAAUAAAUACUCUGACAUCACAUUCAGGUACUGAUAUAAAGAAUAAUCGACGUAUGUCUCGUAUUCAGACUGGCACGCAAGAUGUAGUUGAAGAUUUUACUAAAGUCCAAUACGAAAACGUACUUCCGAUGGGUGGAGGGAGGCCAUUUCCACCAGUUUUACCAAAUAUUGACGACUUCGAAGUAACUUUUGAUGGACCUUUCGAUCCUUUACACCCAUUCAACUGGAAAAUGAGAAAAAAAGUAAUGAUUUGUUGUAUCCUGUGCUUAGACAGUCUAUCUGUCUCUAUGGCCUCAUCUAUAUUUGCUUCAUCAAUCCCUGAUAUUGAUGAAAUAUAUGGUGUCAUAGAUGUAGUGGCGAUAUUAGGUGUUACUUUAUUUGUCUUAGGUUUUGCAUUCUCACCAAUUAUUUUUGCUCCCCUAUCUGAACUUUUUGGAAGACAGAAGGUUAUCUUGAUAUCCUCAUUUGGAAACGCAUUAUUUCAAUAUGCAGUUGCCACUGCAGCAAACCUACAAACAAUACUUAUUUGUAGGUUUUUUGCCGGACUUAUUGGUGCAGCACCAAUUGCAGUUGUUCCUGCUGUUUUUGCUGAUAUUUUUGAUACCAAUAUUAGAGGUAAAGCCAUAGCAUUAUUUUCAUUAGGUGUCUUCAUUGGACCAAUCUUAGGCCCCAUUAUUGGCUCAUAUAUAGUUCAGCAUACUACUUGGAGGUGGACGGAAUAUGUUAUUUCAUUUCUGUCAACCUUCGUUACUCUUCUGAUUUUAUUGUUCCUAGAAGAAACUCAUCACCCAAUUAUUUUAGUCAACAAGGCCAAAAAGUUAAGGAAAGAAACUAACAACUGGGGGAUUCAUGCAUCUCAUGAAAAUGUUGAACUAACAAUUGAUGAGAUAAUUACAAAUAUGAUAACGCGACCACUUGUGAUGCUUGUGAAAGAACCUGUCCUUCUGGUUGUUUCUAUAUACAAUUCAUUUGUUUACGGAAUAUUAUAUUUGUUACUAGAAGCUUACCCUAUAGUUUUUAUCCAAGGUUAUGGCUUUACGAAAAAUGGAGAAUUACCAUAUCUUGCACUAAUAAUUGGAAUGAUUCUAUGUACGGCGUUCAUCUGGUACUCUGACAUUGAUUACUUAAAACGUGUUGAACAGAACCAAGGUCAUGUUGUUCCGGAAGCAAGAUUAUUUCCAAUGAUCGUAGCAGGAAUACUGUUUCCUAUUGGGUUAUUAUGGUUUACUUGGACGGGAAAUUAUUAUACAAGCAUCCAUUGGAUAGUCCCCACAAUUGCCGGCUCAUUCAUUGGAUUCGGAUUGAUAGGAAUUUUCUUACCCUGUCUCAACUAUAUCAUAGAGAGCUAUCUAUACCUGACAGCAAGUGCAGUGGCAGCAAACACUUUCUUAAGAUCAGCUUUUGGCGCAUCCUUCCCUCUAUUUGCUGGAUACAUGUUCAAAGGAAUGGGCGUCAAUUUCGCAGGGCUCCUAUUAGGCCUGGUAGCCAUUGUGUUAAUACCAGUUCCGCUUUUCCUGCUCAGGUAUGGAAAGGCAAUACGAGAAAGAUCAGCGUUUGCAUAUGCAGGAUGA